ACUAUCAUUUUGAAUGGAAUGCAAUUCAAUGGAUAUAACGAAAAACUACAACUAGCAUUCGAAUUCCAUGGUCAGCAACAUUAUACUCUUAAUUCAAUGUUUCAUAGGAAAGGAGAUAUAGAUUUGGAGAAACAAAAAUCACAAGAUUAG